GAUCAAAGUGCAGGCAGUAAUCUAACCUAAAAACAUUGAAAGUUUUCGAAAAAACACGCGUAUUAAUGAAUAAAUAUAAGUUAAACUACGUUUAUUUCGAUGUUUAAACACAAUAGGACUUUUAAGAAUAUUUAUUUAGGUUAUGAAUUUGUUAAAAACAAUGAUUUAUUUAGAUCAAGAUGCAAUUUAAAAACAUUCACAAGGGACUACAGUGCCAAACUGACUUCUUUCAAUAAUGUUUUGGUAGUUUCAAAAUUAUCCCGAUAUGAAUAUGAGCAAAGACGUCACCAAGACUUAAGCAGUCAAGAACUUGAAAAACUAUUGAGAAAUAGGGGGACUGAUUAUGAAAAAUUAGUAAAAUUUCAUGAUUUACAUAAGAGAUUUGAGGAAAAUGUUGUUACAACACUUGAGAAUAUGGGGAUAUGUGUUACAGUAUGCAAUAGAUUUAGUUUUUGUGAGGAUCUUGUUAAUCAAGCUGAUGUGAUAAUGCCAGUAGGAGGUGAUGGUACUUUUUUACUGGCAUCUAGUUUAAUAAAAGAUAAUAAAAAACCUGUUAUUGGGUUUAAUUCUGAUCCCAAUAGAUCUGAAGGGCAUUUGUGUUUGCCCAAAAAAUAUUCCACAAACAUUAGAGAAGCUAUUGAGAAAUUACAAAAGGGCAACUUUAAAUGGCUUAUGAGAAACAGGAUAAGGACAACAAUGUUAAAUAAGGAUGAAAUUUUAACGCCCAAAUAUUUACAUGAAAUCGAAAAUGAAUCUAUUACAAUUGAAGAAUGUAGCAGAUUUUUUGGUGAAGGAUCUUACAAAGUUUUACCCGUUUUAGCCCUAAAUGAGGUUUUUAUUGGUGAAACUCUAUCAGCCAGAGUGUCACACUUACAUAUGAGGUUAAAUAAUAAUAUAAACACAACAAAUCUUAAGUGUUCUGGGUUGUGUGUAAGUACAGGAACAGGUUCUACGUCUUGGCAUCUAAGCAUAAAUCGGCUACCAACUCAAACAGUAGCCGAAUUAUUAAGGCUUAUAGAUGUUGAAACUACAGAAAAUAAAGACAAUUUGGCAGCUACUUUGUCGGAUAUUUACAACAAAAACCUCAUUUUCAACCCAGAUGAUAAAAGAUUGGGUUAUACAAUCAGGGAUUUGGUAUCUGCGGGAGUUUGGCCCCAACCCAAAGGAAUUCAAUCAAGAGGUUUUGCAACAAGGAUAGAAGUCCGAUCAUUUUGUUAUGAAGCUUCUCUCGUAAUAGAUGGGGGAGUUUCAUUUUCUUUUAACGAUGGCACAGUGGCUGUACUAGAAAUUUGCCCUGAUGAUUCCCUACGUACAGUAAUUUUAUCUGAAUAAAUUUUUAUAUUGUAAUUAUAAGAUAUACUUACUUAUACUAUAUUUUUAUAAACCAUUAAAUAAACAAACUGGAC